AUGAGGGUUGACUCUUUAGAGAAACAUCUUCCUGAUUCUGGUCAAGAUGUAUUGCCAGAACUUCAUAUGAUUGCUCAAAGGUUUGAAAAGAAAAUUUUUAAUGCUGCAACAAGCUGGCCUGAUUAUCUACUGAAAAUAUAUUUAAAGAUGCAUUCGAUAGAGACUGGAUGCCAGUGCACCAAGGCCAACGUACCAAAUCAAGUCACCUACAUUAAAGUUGAAGCUCAGCAGUCAGACACGCAAAGUGUAAUAGUGCCCACGCCAUCCCCAAAAAUAUCCCUAAAGCGCCACCAACAUCAGAUGGAUAACGAUAAGGGGAGACGUAAUCAAGGUACUGAAGCCAAUAGUCAUUGGAGAGAUGAACUGCACCCAGAGACACGACAAAUAUAUGUCAACAAGAUAAUGGAGAUUUUAAAAAGACAUCUUCCUCUUUUUGAUCAAGAAAGAUUCCAUGAACUUCAGAAGAUUGCUCAAAGGUUUGAAGAAAAUAUUUUUAUUGCUGCAACAAGCCAGUCUGAUUAUCUAAAAAAAAUAUCUUUGAAGAUGCUUACCAAUGAGACUAAACCCCAGGGCAGCAUGGCCAACGCAUCAUGGUUCUAGGAGUAUCUAGUUUAGCUUAAGUUACUAAGACUGAAUUGUGUGCUUUUUUCACUCAAAUAAUACACAUGGACACAGAUUGCUUAAACAAUACU